AUAAUCACAAUUAUGUGAUGGCGAUGGUGUUGUGGGAGUGUGUGAGAUCUGCUUCGUUGGAGUAAAUAGACACAGAUACAAAGAAAAGAAGAGAGCGCCUGAAAUUGAGACGAGAGAAGAAGCAGCUGAAGAAGAGGAUUCAAGCAGAUUGAAGAGGAAGUGAUUGAAUUUAUCUGUGGGUCUUUUCUUUGUGAGCUUUGUCGUGAAUUGAAUUCACUUUUGGUCAUGAUGUGUUGAUGAAUGAAAUAUUUAUUUGGGGGUGUUGUAAAAUAUUUUUGUGAUUGUAUAUCAGGGUUGACUUGAUCAGGAACACUGACUACAUAUGUAUUCGAUGAUAACUAGCUUUUGUCUAAAACAUUUAGUCAAACGGCAGGGAUAUAAGGAUUAUGCCCUUUCGUGAAUUGUUUGCAAAUAAUUGUAUCAGCUGGCUGGUUAUAGUUUAUAUGUGAAGCUGCUACCGCGUUGAUCAUUGUCAUGUAGGCGAUGACGUCUUUCCAUAUGAAUAUAAGUAAAAUGGAAGCAGGGAGAUUGAAUGCUAACCACCAGCGUGGCUUCCUUGAUCGGUCGCUUCCUGCUGUUAUACCUGUGCUUUUGAUUUCAAUAGGAUAUGUUGACCCUGGAAAGUGGGUGGCAACUGUUGAAGGUGGUGCACGUUUUGGGUUUGAUCUGAUGGCUUUUAUGCUAAUUUUCAAUCUUGCUGCUAUCUUCUGUCAGUAUAUAUCUGCAAGAAUUGGUAUAGUCACUGAAAGAGAUCUUGCUCAGAUUUGCAGCAACGAGUAUGAUACAUGGACAUGCAUGCUUCUUGGGGUUCAAGCAGAGCUUUCAGUGAUUAUUCUAGACCUUAACAUGAUCUUGGGAGUGGCACAAGGGUUAAAUCUUAUUUUUGGGUGGGAUUUGUUCACUUGUGUUUUUCUAACUGCCACCAGUGCUGUGUUUCAUCUACUUCUUGCUGGCCUCCUUGACAUUGAGAAGGCCAAGAUCCUAGGCCAAUAUGUAGCAGGCUUUGUCUUAGUUCUUGUUGUACUUGGAUUACUUAUCAACCGACCAGAAAAUCCAUUAUCUGUGAAUGGAAUACAAAUAAAGCUGAGCGGGGAGAUUGCCUUUGUGCUAAUGAGUCUUCUGGGAGCAACUCUUGUGCCUCACAACUUUUACCUUCAUUCCUCAAUUGUACAAUGGCAUCAAGGACCAACAAACAUUUCUAAGGAUGCCUUAUGUCAUAACCAUUUUUGGGCUAUCUUAUGUGUCUUCAGUUGUCUUUAUUUGGUAAAUAAUGCUGUGAUGAGCACCUCAGCAAAUGAGUUCCACAGUAUGGGCCUUGUUUUGCUUACUUUUCAGGAUGCAUUAUCACCAAUGGAACAGGUGUUGCGUAGCCCGGUAGCUCUGUCUGUUCUUUUUCUCAUUGUGUUUCUUGCAAAUCAAAUUACAGCAUUAAAUUGGGGUUUUGGUGGAGAAGUAGUUGUGCAAAGUUUCCUAAAAUUGGAUAUUCCAGGUUGGCUUCAUUAUGCUACAAUUAGAGUGAUUGCUGUUCUGCCUGCACUUUAUUGUGUUUGGAGUUCAGGAGCUGAAGGAUUGUACCAGCUACUUAUAUUCACUCAGGUUUUGGUCGCUUUGCAACUUCCAUCUUCUGUGAUCCCCCUUUUCCGAGUUGCUACGUCUAGAUCACUAAUGGAUGUACACAAGAUGUCUCAGUUUGAGGAACUUUUGGCACUGAUCAUAUUUAUUGGUAUGCUUGGCUUGAAUAUUGUCUUUGUUGUUGAAAUGAUGUUUGGCAGUAGUGAUUGGGUGGGUGAUUUGAGAUGGAAUGCAGGGAGUGGUGUGUCUUUUUCGUAUUUAUUUCUUCUUACCAUUGCUUUUGCAUCAUUAAGUUUGAUGGUAUGGUUGGCUGCCACUCCGUUAAGAUCUGCCAGUGUCCAAUUAGAUGCUCAGGCAUGGAACUUGGAUGUGCCAGAGGCUGUGCCAAAUCCAUUUGUCGUCGGUGAGGAACCAAAUGUUGCUGAAACAAGGUAUCAUGGAGAUGCAGGUGCUCGGCUGAGGGAGCCAACCCCAGCUCCAGCAAGGACCUUGGACUACACAGAUGUACCGGUUCAUUCUACUUUACCUGAAACUAUACUGGAGCCUGAUCUCCAUGUGACUGCUGUAAGGGAGAGUCAAUCUAUUGCUUCAUUUCCCGGUUCUCCUAAAGCUCUUACUAAGGAGUUGGCUUACAAACCAGAGUCAGAAGCAGUAUCAAUGGUAACUGAUGACACUUCUGUUUUUAAAAUGGAAGAUACUGAAACUAUAAAAAUAGAAAGUAAUGCCCCAGUUGAGGAGGUUGGGGAAGAUUCGACUGCUGAAAGGGAUGAUGAUGAUGAUGGAGACUCAUGGGAAAAUGAAGAAUCAUCCAAAGUGGUCUCCGCAAGUCCCCUAUCUACAACAUUAGAUGGCCCUCCGUCAUUCAGGAGUUUUAGUGGGAAGAGUGAAGAAGGUGGGAAUAGCAUUGGAAGUCUCUCAAGAUUAGCAGGCUUAGGGCGUGCAGCAAGACGUCAGCUAGCUGCUAUUCUUGAUGAAUUUUGGGGGCAACUUUAUGAUUUCCAUGGGCAAGCAACCACAGAAGCAAGGGCAAAGAAGCUGGAUGUUUUGAUAGCAAUGGGAUCAGAUUCAAGGCUCACUGGUUCCAUGCAGAAAAUAGAUUCCUUUGGAAAGGACUAUCCUGAUUAUUUAGCAUCUGUUGGAGGUAGCGGUUCCAACAGUGUACUCAACUCAGGUCCAUAUGACAGCUCCGAUCAGCGUAGGAUGCAAAGUAGCUUGGAGUCUUCAUAUGGUAUUCAAAGGAGUUCUUCAAUGCAUGCGAAUCCCAUGCAAUUACUAGAUGCAUAUGUACAGAACUCUGGCCGCAAUAUCCUUGAUUCUGGUGAGAGACGCUAUUCCAGUGUGUCUAAUUUGCCUUCAUCUGGUGAUUCUGGCGAGAGACGCUAUUCCAGUGUGCGUAAUUUGCCUUUAUCUUCUGAUUCUGGCGAGAGACGCUAUUCCAGUGUGCGUAAUUUGCCUUCAUGUGAGGCUCAGGAUUAUCAGCCAGCAACAAUACAUGGGUAUCAAGCUGCAUCCUAUCUUAGCCAGGUUGAUAAAGGGAGAAAUUUGGAUAACUUAAAUGGUCCAAUGGAGUUGCCACAGUUGAAAGCCGCUUCCAUAGCUAAUACGAACUACAGGGAUUCAGUUGCCUAUGCUUUGGCAAAGAAGUUGCACAGUAAUGGUUUAGGUGUGGGCCAACCGCCUGGGUUCCAUAAUGUAGCUGCCUCUAGAAAUAGCCAGUUGCAAUCUGAGAGGACCUCUUAUGAUUAUUCAUCUUCUGGACCUGCAGUCAACAUGGCCGGUUCAGUUAAUGCUAAGAAAUACCAUAGUUUGCCUGACAUUUCUGGAUAUGCCAUCCCCCACAGGGCUGGUUAUGCAUCUAAUAAAAAUGCUCCAUGGGAUGGUUCCGUUGGCUAUGGAUCUUCUGUGAGUAGAGCAUCUUAUGAACUGUCGUUAUAUUCAAAUUCUGAAUCAAGAGCGGGUGCUCCUUUGGCCUUUGAUGAACUGUCUCCAUCAAAAGUCUAUCGAGAGGCACUCUCUAGUUCUGGUUUUGAUACUGCAUCCCUCUGGUCUAGGCAGCCUUUUGAGCAAUUUGGGGUAGCUGAUAAAACUCAUAAUGGGGGGUUGGAAGGUAUCGGAAGUAGGCCUAAUAAUAUAACCCAGGAAGGUACUGCAUUUGUGGAUAUUGAGAGAAAACUUCUUCAGUCUUUUAGACUAUGCAUUGUGAAGCUCUUAAAAUUGGAGGGGUCAGAUUGGCUGUUUAGCCAGUACGAUGGAGUUGAUGAGGAUCUGAUUGAUCGUGUAGCAGCAAGGGAGAAAUUUGUUUAUGAAAUUGAGUCUAGGGAAAUGAAUCCGGGCAACCAUGUGGGUGAAGCUCAUAAUUUUUCUUCUGAUGGGAAAUCUGGUUCUUUGAUGAAGAAUAAUGAGGCGAAUUCCUCUACUUCGUUGGUGUCCUCGGUUCCUAACUGUGGGGAGGGAUGUAUUUGGAGAUCAGAAUUAAUAAUAAGCUUUGGAGUGUGGUGUAUUCAUCGAAUUCUAAAUUUUUCACUUAUGGAGAGCCGGCCAGAGCUUUGGGGAAAGUACACCUAUGUUCUUAAUCGCCUUCAGGGCAUCAUUGAUCCUGCAUUUUCGAAGCCUCGCAGUCCUUUGGUCCCAUGCUUUUGCCUUCAAGUUCCGGCAUCACAUCAACAGAAGUCCAGCCCCCCACUUUCUAAUGGGGUGAUGCUGCCCCCAACUUCGAAACCAGGCCGCGGAAAAUGCACAACAGCAUUGACACUGCUUGACCUGAUCAAGGAUGUGGAGAUGGCGAUCUCUUGCCGGAAAGGACGUACAGGAACUGCAGCCGGGGAUGUGGCUUUCCCAAAAGGGAAGGAAAACCUGGCAUCUGUUCUCAAACGGUACAAGCGAAGGCUUUCCAACAAAGCCGUUGGGACUAAGGAAGGAACUGGUUUGCGGAAGAUGCCCACUUCGGCACCAUACAACAACUUGUAGUACUUCGAAUCUAACAAAAUCAGUGUUCCUUCUUCGGCUGUUUUAUGAGUAUGGUGUGUAACAGCUCAUGCUCUAAGAUCAAGGAGUGAUCUGUCUCCAUCUGUGUAUCAUAAUCCUUGUAAUGUUAUAUACACAUAGGGCAAAGAAUUGCUAAUUGUAAUUUCAGCGAAAUCAAAGAAAAAUUGGCUAGAUGGGAAAUUAGUUUCAUGAAA